AAAUCGAUUUGCUGUUGUUAUAUUAUAUUAUAUUAUAUUUUCUUUUUGAAUAUAUAGUAUUAUAACUUAAUUAUAGAAAUGGUUAAGAAAGCUGGUGUUUUAGGAGCCACCGGAUCGGUUGGUCAACGUUUUAUUUUAUUAUUAUCUAAUCAUCCUGAUUUUGAGAUUCAUGCUUUAGGUGCAUCAUCUCGUUCAGCUGGUAAGAAAUAUGUUGAUGCAGCUAAUUGGAAACAAACUGAAUUAUUACCAGAAUCAGCUAAAAAUAUAAAAGUAGUUGAAUGUAAACCACAAGGAGUAUUUGCUGAAUGUGAUAUUGUAUUUUCAGGUUUAGAUGCAGAUUAUGCUGGAUCUAUUGAAAAGGAAUUUGUUGAAGCUGGUGUACCAAUUAUUUCAAAUGCAAAGAAUUAUAGAAGAGAAUUAGAUGUUCCAUUAAUUGUUCCAAUUGUAAAUCCUGAACAUUUAUCAAUUAUUGAAAAGAAAGUUACUGAUGCUAAAGCUGCUGGUAAAUCUAAAAUUGGUUAUCAAAUUUGUAUUUCAAAUUGUUCAACUGCUGGUUUAGUAGCUCCAUUAAAACCUUUAGUAGAAGCCUUUGGACCUAUUGAUGCUUUAACUGUUACUACUUUACAAGCUAUUUCUGGUGCGGGAUUUUCUCCUGGUGUUUCAUCAAUUGAUGUAUUGGAUAAUAUUAUUCCAUAUAUUGGUGGAGAAGAAGAUAAAUUAGAAUGGGAAACUAAAAAGAUUUUGGGUAAUGUAAAUGCUACUAAGACUGAAAUCGUUAAUAUUCCUGAAGAUGAUUUAAAAGUUAGUGCUCAAUGUAAUAGAGUUGCAGUUAGUGAUGGACAUACUGAAUGUAUUUCUCUUAGAUUUGCUAAGAGACCAGCUCCAUCUGUUGAACAAGUUAAACAAGUAUUACAUAAUUAUGUUUGUGAUGCCUUUAAAGAAGGAUGUCAUUCAGCUCCAAAACAAACCAUCCAUGUAUUAGAAGAACAAGAUAGACCUCAACCAAGAUUAGAUAGAAAUAGAGAUAAUGGAUAUGGAGUAUCUGUAGGAAGAAUAAGACAAGAUCCUGUUUUAGAUUUUAAAAUGGUUGUAUUAUCUCAUAACACGAUUAUUGGAGCUGCUGGUUCAGGAGUCUUAAUUGGUGAAUUACUUUUAGCUAGAAAUCUUAUUUGAGCUUUUCAACCAUUACUUUGUAUUUAGCUUAAUUCUAUAUCGAAAGGUAUUUAAAAGAAAAGAAAAUAAAAGAAAAGACGUUUAAUAAUGAAA